GACGCCCACCUUGGCCCAGGGACCACCAGAGCACUGGACUUUGAGCCACCCGUGGCCACCAGUGAGGGGCAGCUGCUGGCCUGGGCUCGGGACACCUAUGGGGGUAUCACGUCCUACAGCAAGCUGCGGGACCCCCGCUGGGUCCAGCUCCGCCUGGGAGAAGAUGCCAGCAGCCCCCUGGACUGCGUCCCCCAGGAGCACUUCAACGCCAUGCUGCACCUCGAGACAGAGGUUGUCUUCCACGGGGUGAAGGGCUGCUCCUGUGGGGACACCCAGAGCACCAGGGCUGCCCACAUCAUCCGCCUGCAGCCCCAGCCCAGCUUCCCCGUCACGGAGGUGAAUGUCUCCCUGAGCUGUCCCGAGAGACCCGUGAGCAAACAGAUCCUCAUCCUGCAGAGCCGGGUCAACCUCACCUGGUCCGUCUCCGUCAACAACUGCGACGUCCAGUUCCUGGUCUCUGGGAACUACAAGAUCGUGCCCAUGGUCUCGAUGCCGCUCCCUGGGGAGGUCCUGCCUGACACGGAGCAGGGCCUUAUCGCCAAAGCCUUCGAGAGGAACUGCAGUGUCAUCGCCUCCUACUCCAUCAUCCCCCCCAGCACCCACAUCAGCCUGGAGAUCCAGGAGCACGAGACGGUCAGGAGGGCGCCUGUGACACCCACCCUCCCAGCCCCCACCGCUGACUCGAUGCCCAACAUACUGCUGCUCAUGCUCCAGCCCUGGAAGUGCACAGAUGAAACCAUGGAGAUCGUCAUCGCCAGGUCCUACCUGGAGCCCAUCAAGGACGUGGUGAACAUCACCCUGAGGGACAUCAGCUGCCAGGCAGAGAAAAACGCCACACACUUCAUGCUGAAAACCUCCCUCAGCCACUGCGGCACCUCGCUGGAGGGCAGGGGCCACGCCAACAACGAG